UUAACAUAACACACUAUUACUCUUCAAACAAAAAAUGAAAAUACAUAUCUCCAAUACAGUUCUUGUUAAUUUCUUGCUCUUGUUCAUUUCUCCUCAGUUUCUUUCAUUCUCAACCGCCGCAACCGCACCGCAAGAUCUUCUCCGUUCAUCAUGUGCACAAGCAAGAUACCCAGCUCUCUGCGUCCAAACACUCUCCAACCAAGUCAGUCCCACAGCCAAGCCCUUAGACCUGGCUCAGGCCGCCGUUAAAGCCAGCAUCGCUCGUACUCUCACCCUUUCCCUUUACCUCAAGAACACUCUAAAGUCAGAUCUGGCAGUUGUGUCCAAAACCAAGAACAACCGAAAGAGAGUUGCAUUGAGUGACUGUGUUGCUCAGGCUUCCGAUUCCGUUAUUGAGUUAAACCGGGCGUUGAACGAGUUACGGAAGCUUCGCAUGGGAACGUUCGAGUGGCAAAUGAGUAACGUUCAGACAUGGGCUAGUACUGCUAUAACAAACGGUAACGCGUGUAUCAACGGUGUGAAUAGAUGUGAUGCAGAAGUGAAGGUGAAGAAAGAGGUGAAACGUAGGGUUACGGAAGUAUCCAUGUUUACAAGUAACGCUCUCUACUUUAUCAAUCGUCUCAGUGAUAGCAGGAAUCCAAAGGCUCGCUCCAAUACCAAUAACUGAUGCAUCCACCGACCACCGUCGAGUUUUCUGGUUUUGUUUCCCAUAGCGUUGACUAUGUUGUAGACAUAACUUAAUUUGCAUGAAAACCACUACUUGAUAGAAUUGUAAAGUACGUAUGCUUUUGUUUUUGCAGUGUGUAAAAGACAAGAUGUAAAUCUAUGCUUUUGUAUGCUGUUUUUAAUAUGUUGGCUUAGCUGUGUUUAAAUUUAAGUCAAUGGAAGUUUAAUGAU